AUCUGUGAAUCAGGGUGAGAACACCGGCAUAGACAGUGUCUGCUGCUACCGUAAAAAUGCCACAGCUCCACCUUUUGAUCGAGUGCAGAUAUAUCAUAAAUUUGUAAAUGAGACCAACGGUUUCACCAAGAUGGGGAGGUACAGCUUGGACCCAAACAGCCUUUUUGUUAAUGAUUAUCAUGAAGCAUCACCUCAGACCACUCUUCCUCCCACCACCAAACCUCCAGUGGCAACUGAAUGUUUUACGGUCAACUGCACUGCAACCAAUUUGAUCUAUAGGCCACAGAUGGCUGAUCCCACAUCAAAGGUUUUCAGCUCAACACAACGAUUCUUCGUUAAUUUGCUGGGACAGAUAUUGAAGACCAGCAAGAUUGGUCCAUAUUUGAUCAGCUGUAGUUUAUCAACAUUAAGAUCUGUGAAUCAGGGUGAGAACACCGGCAUAGACAGUGUCUGCUGCUACCGUAAAAAUGCCACAGCUCCACCUUUUGAUCGA